CUAGCGUGGGCUGUGGUGCAUGCCGGGACGGCACCACGCUCUUCCCUCGCCGCCAUGUUCUUCGAUUUCUUUGCUCGCCUCCAAAAUGGUUGAAUAAAUCCCAAUAAGCCUUUAAAACGACACUGCAAUUCAAGAUGGUUGACAUGGAAGUAGUGAGACAGUUCAAUAGCGAGCUGUCCACGAUUUACGAAACCAAGCCACCGAUCUCUAAAGGGAAAGUGGCCUCUAUUACUCGACUCGCUGUUAAAGGAAUAAAGUAUUACAAGCAUGUUGUACAAAGUGUUGAGAAGUUUGCCCAAAAGUGUCGACAAGAGUAUAAAGUACCAGCACUUUAUAUUAUGGAUUCGAUCAUUCGUCAAUCACGACACCAGUUUGGACCAGAUAAGGACGUCUUUGGGCCAAGAUUUCUUAAGAGUAUACACCCAACAUUUCAGCACAUUUAUAAGUGCCCUCCAGAAGAACAAGGGAGAAUUGUGAAGGUGCUCAACUUGUGGCAGAAGAAUGGCAUCUUCCCUCCUGAGGUGAUCCAGCCUCUAAUAAACAUGGCCUCCCAGAGUAACCAGAAUGCUAACCAAGUUUCAAUUCAGCCAUCCACCGCUGGACCUGCCCAACCUGUGCAGGAGCUCCCUGACGUAGCCACAUCAGCGAUGACCCAGAUGCCACAGCAAGCGGCGGCUGAGGUGGGGCAGUUCCCAACAAUGGCAGGGGCGGACCCAGGUAGCUUUAUAAGUGCGCUGCAGCAGCAACAACUACAGCAGCAGCAACAGCAGAUUGAGCUGCUGCGGCGACAGCUUGAGGAACAACAGCACAUCAAUCAGCAGCAGCAACAACUUCUUCAGCGGGCACCAGAGAAUGAACCACUGGUACCACCACAGCAGCAUCAACAGGAUCCCUCUUCAUUCCACGGCACUCCCCAGGGCGUGCAGCAGCCAGGGUUGUCAGGUGCCCCGGAAGGAGAGGGGGACACGCCCCGGUUCCAGCUGCAGCCCCAUGUGCUGGCUCAAAUACAGGCACUUACAGGUAUGAAUAUAAGACUCCCCACUGCACAAAAUAGCAAUGAACCCCAAGACCAGGGGAUACCAGCACCUCAAUACUCGGGGCAGAUGCCGAACACACCCAGCCUACUUGGGGCAGCACCGCAAGUCGGUGUGAUACCACAACAGCCAGAGGGUGUGCCAGGAAAACUGUACCAAGAAGGAGGAAUGGGUAGGGGACUUCUACCAACACCAGGAGUUCCUGGACAAAUGGUAUGGGACCAGCAAGGACUACCUGGUCAGCCUCAUCCUGGGCAGGAAGACAUGGCCAAGAAGGACCCACUAGAUGAUUUUGACUAUGGCGAUGAACAAGACGAUGCUACCAGGAUUGCUGAGCAGCGCCGGCAUCUUCGAGAAGAGGAAAGACGUCUUAGUCAAACGCAAGAAAACAGAGAUUCCAAGUUCCGGCCAGAAUCUGAUGAUCCCUCUGAUAAGAAUCAGCAUAGAGAAAGGUCCCCUGGUCACAGAAGGAGAUCCCAGUCACCUAGGAGGCGGAGCCGUUCACCAGGGCACAGGUCCCGCUCUCCUCGCCGAGGUCGUGACCGGGAUAGGGACAGAGGGCGGGACAGAAGGGAUCGUGAUCGUGACAGAGACCGUGAUCGUGACAGAGGUCGGGAUAGGGACCGUGAUAAAGAUAAAGGACAUGAAAGGCCAAAGGAUCGAGAUGAGAGGGACCGAGAGAAGGUGAAAGAGGCAGAGCCAGAGACGAAGAACCCACAUAUUCCUGCUGUGGAGAAGGAUGCUCUCAGUGUUUGCAGUUCCACUAUCUGGGUUGGUCACCUAGCCAAGAUUGUGACCCAAGAUACACUUCAGGGAAUAUUUGAAGAGCAUGGCACUAUCACGUCUAUUGAUUUGAUACCUCCCCGUGGGUGUGCAUAUAUUCAGAUGGAAAAAAGAGAAGAUGCCUACAGAGCCUUGGACAAACUACGCAAUAUCAAACUAUAUGGAAACUCUGUCAAGUUGGCCUGGGCUCCAGCGAAAGGAGUUAAGGACCGGGAAUAUAAAGAGUUCUUUAAUGUGAGCAUAGGAGUCACCUACAUCCCUCAUGAUAAACUAGGGGCAUCCCCCGACCUUGAGAGCCUAGGAGAAGGUGGCUGGAUUGACCCUGAAAGUAUCCCUGAGCAUCUCAAGAAUCCUGGAGAAAAGCCUGAUGCAGGAAUUGAUGGCCCUAGCCAAACUGUUGUCACCCUCCCCCCACAAAUACCAACACACCUGCCUCCCCCUGGUCAUCCUAUGUUCAACCCGGCCUUGAUGCCUCCUCAGAUGAUGAUGCGACCCCCCUUCACCGGCAUCCCUCCCCCAAAUAUGACACAGCAAGAUGGCAGUAACCCUCCGGGGUGGAACGUCCCACCCCCAUUUGCCCCACCUGGUCUGCCUCCUGGAAUGAAGGGUCAGUUCCCCCCUCAACAGGGUACCAGCAAUCCCAUGUUUCAGCCCCGCCAACAGACUGGGAUCCCACCCAGAUCACAGGAGCCCGCUGGAGUUCAUCAGUUCCAACCAAGGUUUGGGGGGGCUCACAGAUUCGAUGGACCCCCGAGAUUUGAAGGUGCUCCCAGGGGACCCAAGGGCCCCUCAUUCGACCAAGACAGGCAGAGGUUUGAGGGACCAGGAAACAGGAGGCAGGAAGGGCAACAAGGGAACAACCCAGAGGAAGAUGUGCACAUGGAGGAGGGGUCCCCACCCCAAGAGAGAGGGCAAGGACCUUUUGGGGCACCCGAAGACAGAGGGCGAGGUCCCCGUGACUUUAGGGGCAUGGAUGGACCCCGUUUUAGAGGCCCUGAAGGUCCCCAAUUUAGAGGCCCUGAUGGGCCUCAUUUUGGAGGUCCCGAUGGACCACGUUUUAGAGGUCCUGAAGAGAGGGGACCUGGAGGACAGUUCAGAAGGCAAGGUCCUCCAAGGGACGAAGUGCAAUAUGGCAUGCCUCAUAGGGGCAUGGAGGGUCUGACCCGGCAAGAAUUUAGGCCUGACUUUCGAGGACCACGUUAUGGCGCCCCUCGUCAUAUGGGCCCACCCCCACAUUGGGUACAACCUGGCCACAUGAGGGGGCCCCACCCAAUGAGGUUCCCUGGCCCUCCCUGGCAGGUUGGCCCUCCACAUGAUGAUCGGCCAAAUCUAGUGGGUGGGGACAUGCUACCGCAUGGGGGUCCCGACCACGGGCCAGGUGUGCCGCCUGAUGAGCGACCUGAGGCGGGGGGUGUGGAUAUGGAGGGGGAGGAUUUUUUAAGGCAACAAAGUGAACCAAGACAAAACGAACCGAAAGAUCGGCAAAACGAACUGAGAGAUCUGCAAGACGAACCGAGAGAUCGACAAAACGAACCGAGAGAUCGAGUGAAGGAGGAAGUACGACCAAAUCCAGAGGAGAAACCGCCAAGAGACCAUGAAUACAGUAGAGAACGAGAUCGGGAACACAGUAGAGACCGUGACCGUGAUCGCAGGGACCGCGACCGUCACACUAGUGACAUAAUGCGUGACGAGCCAAGAGACCGGGACUCAAAAAGAGGCAGUAGGGAAAGCAGUAGGGAUCGUGAUCGGCUUCGUGAACGUGAUCGUGAAAGCUCGCGUGAUCGUCAUGACCGGGAACGUGACCGUGAUCGAAGUCGUGACAGAGAUCGUGUCAGGGAUAGAGACCGUGAUAGGGAUAGAGACCGUGACAGAGAACGAGUGCCUGACCGUGAGCGUGACAGGGAUCGUGACCGUGAUAGGCGGCGAGGCCGAGAUAACAGAUCCCAGAGCUCAGAUUCUAGUGGUGAUCGGCGGAAUCGGUUUGACCCCAUCAAGGAAGAUUCUCGAAAAACUCCGCCUGAGCGUCAGGCCUCUAGCAUGGAGAUACCACCCAAUGCUGGAGCAACCAAGGUCGACAUACCUAGCAAUGCCCCUACCCCGGGUGGGGAAGUACCCUUGUCGUCAGAGCCGGAGGAGGGGGAAGUCGUCGAAGGAGAAAUUCUUGGAAAUGUAGCUCCGAAUGUUAAUGGUCAUGAAGAAAUUGGUAGUUUGAAUGUAACGCAAGGUAGCGAAGAUGUCACGCUAAAUAGUGUAACGCAAGGUAGCGAAGAUGUCACGGUAAAUAGCGGUACGUAUGGUAGUGAGAAUGUGGAAGAUAGCAGUGUAACGCAAGGUAAGGAAGAUGUCACGCUAAACAGUGUAACGCAGAAUAGCGAAGAUGUCACGGUUGAUAGUUCAAUGCAAGGUAGCGAAGAUGUCGAACACCAACAGAGAGAACUUGGUAAAGAACCUUUUAAGGGUUUGGAUGGACUGAAUUGCGAGGUCACGGAGCCCGUACAAAAAGACAUAACACCCGUGAGUAGCGAGGAAAAUGGAGCGAGGAACACUGAAGAAAUUAGCACGUGACACACACGUGGCUACUAGUAUAUUGUAACGAAUCAGCGACGUCAAACGCUCGCACUUCGAGGGUUUCAUCAGAGAUAGAGAAAUCGCACCACACAGAAGAUGCUAGUGAAUAAGGGCCUUUAAACGGCGAGCAGUUCCUCUGCCAGUCUCGCCAUACGUGCUCGCACGGUGCACGUGGGAAUGCGCUUGCAGGAUCAAACGUCUUGACAAAGAGACGCAGCCUUGUCCCAGCGGCACCGGGCUUUCUGUGUUCGGAGAUAAACCGUGAGACAGCAUGGGGACUUGUACGAGCUCACACCAGGAGAGCUUGCUACCUGCGUCGCCGAAACUCUUUACAAACCCAGCCUGAACGCCUAGAACUACCCUGAGAAGAGGAAGCCGGUUAGAAAGCCUGGAGCUAGCUU